ACAUGUUUGAGGAUCGUACCGCCACAUCCGAGAUUUCUGCAGAGGUACGCCUACAUUUCCCAUCGGCCACCAAACUAGGUUCAGGGCUUUUGUGCGCCACCUUAAUCUGUGUUCGGGGGAGAACAAGCUGCCGGCGGUGGAGACAGAGGACAAGCAAGGAGCAAGGCAUCCAACAUGUCUGUGGACUGGAUAGGAUACGGAUAUGCCACUCUGGUGGCAUCCGGAGGAGUCGUUGGCUACGUGAAAGCAGGCAGUGUUCCCUCACUGGCUGCCGGUUUGCUCUUUGGGGGACUUGCAGGUUUUGGAGCCUACCAGAUCUCCAACGACCCGAAUAAUGUUUGGGUGUCUCUAGCUACAUCAGGAGCUCUGUCCGCCAUCAUGGGGAAGAGAUUCUACGGGUCGAGGAAGUUCAUGCCAGCUGGUUUGAUGGCAGGAGCAAGCCUGCUGAUGGUGGGGAAGCUUAGUUUGACGUUGCUCCAGAAACCUACAGCGUCCUCAUGAGGUUAAAGCUCUUCAAGAACAGUAUUCAGCUUCUAUCUGGCCAUGUUAUGGAGCAUCCUCUUGGAAUUUGACAUUCUGUGUUACUCUGGUCAAAAAUGUUUGAUAAUAAAAUGUAUCAUUUGUACAGAAA